AUGGAAAUUUGUCCUCCAGCUUAUUUAUUUUUUCAUACGCAGUUAGGUCACGAAGACUCUUGCAAUUGUUGCUGUUGCUCCAAUCCUCAACCAGCAUAUCUUAAAUAUGUUCAACCUCCCGUUCCAAAAUCAUUUAAACCCGUUCGGUAUUACUGGAGAAAUGAUAUUCCAUUUGAAGCCAACACAACUUAUAAAUUAUCGUAUUGGGAUGGACCGACACCGAGUGGAAAUUCAGUUAAGCCGGUUUUACCAGAAGAUUCUCUGACAGUCGGUGAUGGGAACAUUAAUGAUGAAACAAUUCAUAAAUUAAGUUAUAUAGGCAACUGGUGUGUGAAGCGGGAAAUUCAAAAUGAAUCUGCGCCUCGACGAACAGUCGAACAAUGGCUAGGUACAGGACCAAUGCAAGAUAAUACAACAAAUAAAGAUGCUUAUACAUGGAAGUCUAUUGCACGAUCUAAACCUUUCAAAGUUUCCAACAACUUGUACUGUCCUUGCGCAUCUAUAGAUGAUAAUACAACAUACAAGUUAAGCUAUUACGAAUCAGGCUGUGGCAUUCCAGUAUCAAGAUCUUUCAAGCCAAAGAAAAUUUACACUAAGAGUGACGUUCCAAUGGAUGGAUGCACCACUUAUAAACUCAGUUACUGGCCUUACGAAACACCUUGCAAGGAAACUCAUCCAUGGAAUCAAAAAAUAAAAUAUCACGAGCCUUUAACGCCACUGGAUGACUCUACGAUAUAUAAAUUAAGUUACUGGCCCAACAAUCAGCGUGUCAGAAAACCAUUCAGCCAUUCAGCUAGACAAACGAAUAAUUUAUUAAAUACCGGGCAAGGUUUUGACGAAAAUACGACAUACAAGCUCAGCUAUUUUGCGUGCGGAGAUAACGUUCAGAGAAAACCAAUUAAACCGGUCGUUAAACCCAGUGAACUAUCAAAAAGCCCUUUGGCUGAUGACACUGUUCACAAACUGAGUUACUUGGGAAAUUAUAGAGUAAAACCAGAGCAACCAAUAAUACCUAGUAGCUCUAUUGAAGAUUGGUUUGAAAGUGGACCGAUGCAGAAUUCAACGACUCAGAAAAAUGAUUUUUCAUGGAAGUGCAGCGAACCUGGGCCAAUGGUUUCUAAACCAGAAGAUAAUCUUGGAUUUUCAUCUAUGCCCCUCGAGUGCUGUACUACGCAUAAACUGUCGUACUAUCCUAAUGAUCUUAAUGGAUUGGUGAAAAAUAAAUCAUUCAAACCCCCAAGAGAAAAUAGAUACCGGCAGCCCGAUGUUCCUUUUGAAGGUGACACAAUCAUGCAACUGAGUUAUCAACCAGUGGAUUGCUAUUUGCCGCGCAAAAAACCGUGGGCCCAACGUACUGAGUAUCACCCACCUCUCACAUCUAUGGAAGACAAUACCAUUUACAACCAAAGGUUUUUUUUUAACCUUUACAUACCUCCAGGUACUUUAGAGACUUUGCCGUGUGACCAACCCCGUCCUCAAUUGCCAUCAGACAUGGGUCAAGAUACGCGCAAUGUACCUCCGUAUACUUAUUGUGUUGCAGCAUGUUCGUCGUGA